AUGGCUACCAACACGACUCGAGACAGCCUCCCCUCAGAGCAGACACCAUCACCUACAUCCCAGGACUGGAAUUCAGAAAAAGAAGACUACAGCCCUGAGGUCUGGCACUUGAAGUUCAGAGCUUUCAGCCCCUCAGAGCAGUCAGACCCCAUCCAGGAUCUGAAGAGGAUCUCUGAGCUGUGCUAUCAGUGGCUGAGACCAGACCUGAAUAGCAAGGAGGAGAUCCUGGAUCAGCUGGUGUUGGAGCAGUUCAUGAUCUCCAUGCCUCCAGAACUGCAGGCCUUAGUGAAGGAGAGCGGAGUGAAGAGCUGCCAAGAGUUAGAGAAGAUGCUGAGGGAUGGCGGGAAACCGCAACAUUGGGACCCUGAGCCCACACACGGUUCUGAUUCUGUCAGAGGAGAGGAUGUGAAGAUGCCCCAGGAAGAUACAAAUACAGAUGCUGUCACACCCUUCACCCAUGUUCUGGAAAGAAGAGAUUUAGCUGCACACACAGAACUUCAGAGUCUCUCUAGUUCCAAUGGAGACAAGGUUCCCCCUUGUCAAGGAGGGGCCUCCUGUGUGGACAGGACAGAAGAUGGGCAGCUAGGGCUUGCUACCCUACGACCUGUGGAGCCUGUUGAUCAUCUCACCGGCCAGGCUAAGUUUGUGUGCAGUGAAUGCAAGAAGAGCUUCCUGUACAGGUCUCAGUUCAUCAUCCACCAGAGGUCACACACAGGAGAGAGACCCUUUGAGUGCAGCGUGUGCAAAAAGAGGUUUGUGCAAUCCUCAGACCUUCGGGUCCACAAGCGCAUCCACAGGGGUGAAAAACCUUAUGUGUGCAGCAUCUGCAGCAGGAGGUUUUCCCACAAGUCCACCCUUCGGGGUCACCUUAGGGUCCACACAAAGGAGAAGCCUUAUGAGCGUGAGCACUGUGGAAAAUGCUUCAACCACAAGGGCAACCGCAGUGUCCAUCUGGGAACCCACAGCGACUCAAGACCUUACAGUUGUAAGGAGUGUGACAAGGCCUUCAGACAGAAGGGGACUCUGAAAGGACACAUGAAGAUCCAUUCAAGAAUGGGGUCUUUGUGA